UCUUGGUUAUUGGAGUAUUAUACCCAAUUGGCACCUUAGUAUUUGUUUGGAAUGUUUAAUGAAUAUCAACCUGUUGUUUCUUGUGAAAAAGAAUCUACAAGAAAACCAAAAGAUAAGAGUCUGAGGAGACCAAAAAAAGAAAGAUAAAGAAAAUGAAUGAUAAAUAAAAUGAAAGGCUAGAUUAAGAAUCAAAUAUUUAAAUACUUGUGGAAAUCAAAACUAAUGACUAUAACACCCGUAACAUUGAAUGAUGCGUAACAUUGAUGCCUUACCCGGCUUUAUACUUUCUUUUGGUCUUUUUCUUUUGUGAAUGAGAUUCUUACUUGUCUUGUUAGUUGUUCAAAAUUUUCAUCCCAUGUCAGAAUGAGAUUCUUUUGAUUUCUAUAAACUUCUCUCCACUUAUCUCAUUUGAUUUCAUUUUCCCUUUUCAUCCUCCAAAUCUUGUAACCAUUUUGGAGACUUACAUUUUCAAAUUUGUGUAUAUUUUGGAUUACAGGUUAUUCCUCGUCAAAUCGGGACUUUGGUUUGUUUUCGUUCUUUGAUCUUGUUGCUUCCCUUGUUUUCGAAAUAUAAACACACAUACUAUGAUUUCUCCUUUUGUUCUUAGCAUUUAUAUAGGGUAGUAUCGAUUUUUUGUCAAUAUUUAAGUGGAGUCUUGAGGGGAAAAGGGAGCCUCGAAUUUGGAUGAGGAGGGCCACAAGGGGGUGCUUGAUUUCCAUUACGGCACUAGUCCUCCUCAAGUGGGUGAACAUGACAGCUACAGUUGUUCCUGUAGUUCUUGACCGUGAGAACUAUGAUGAUUGGAGUUCUCGGAUUCAUAUCUACUUGUUGGCCGAAGAUCUUUGGGACGUUGUCGAUGGCACCUAUGAAUCUCCUAUAGGAGAAGACGGUAAAAUUGAUGAUAAGGCUUGGGGGAAGAAGAAUGCCAAGGCCUUAUAUGCAAUCCAGAGUUCUUGCAGGGGUGAUACUUAUCAAAUUAUCAAGGACAAAACCACGGCCAGUGAAGCUUGGUAUACUUUGUUAACAACAUUGAAGCCAGAUGAACCACCAGAUGAAAAAGAGACGAGGUCAGUUCUUGAAGCGUAUCCAACUCAGACUCAUGAUGAUGAUGCUACGCCACAGUCGGCAAUGGAAGAAGGCCACACUGGAGGACAUGAUCAUGAGAGCAAUGCCAACGAUAUCCAUAAAACUUUCGCCAACUAUGUCAAGCAUAAUGAUUGGGAUAAUGCGAUCAAGAUUCUUCGCCAAUAUCCCCAGGAAGGAAAAGCCAGACUUCCAUUUGUGCGGCAUGGUACAGCUCUUCACUAUGCAAGCAAAAAUUUCAUGAGCUGCAGCGUGCACAUUAUACAACAGUUGGUGGAUUUAACGGCAACGGAAGACUUGGAAAUAACAGACGAUUUCGGUUACACUGCACUUUAUUGUAUAAUAAAUUAUUGUCCAGACAGGGUUCAAGCAGCUGAAUGCAUGGUUAAAAAGAACAAUAAUUUACUUACCAUUUUACCUCGUUGGGUCGAGGGGCCUCUUGUUGUCGUGGCCCAAGAGAGGACGAAAGGGGGAGCAUUGGCUCGCUAUUUCUAUUCCCUCACUCCACACCAAACGCUAAAAGUUUCCGAUGCUGCUCAACUUAUUUCUGACGGUUUCUAUCACAACAGAUUUGAUAUUGCGUGGGAUUUGAUUCAACGUUACCCAAAGUUGGCAAUGGCUAUAGACCGCAACAUGAAUAUCCCUUUAGUAACAUUGGCCAAUAACCGUUUUGCAUUCUUCAGUGGAAGCCAGCUCAAUUUAUGGAAAAAAUUGAUCUAUUAUGGAAUGGCAAUGGGUUUAUUCCCAAGACUAGUGUCAAAUCUCCAAACACUUUUGGGAAUCAAUCGUAUAUAUCAGAUGAAAUUGGUGCAUGAGUGGGUUGCGCAAUUUUUACCUCUCAUGUUUAAAGCGAGUGAAAGAGAUAUGAGUAAAUAUCAACGAAUGAAAUUGAACACAGCAUUGUGUGUAGCAGCAGAACGAGGGCAUAUGGAGUAUAUUACUCAUUUUCUUAGAAAUUCCUCAUAUCCUGUAAAUUUAGUUACGAACAAAAAGGGCCAGAACCUGUUGCAAAUUGCCGCUGAAUGUCGUCACCACAAAGUUUAUAAUCUAAUACAUGUCUCCAAUCAGUUGCGCAAAAAGGAAAAUAUACCUGGCCUCGAUCAUGCCGAUGAAAUACGAGCAAGAGUGAGGACGAGAGAUCAAUUUGGCAAUAAUUUGCUACAUACGGUAGCAAGUAUUACCCCAUUGUCACAAAUUAAUCACAUUCAAGGUGCAGCUUUGCAAAUGCAGAGAGAACUACAAUGGUUUAAGGAGGUGGAGAGCAUUGUACAUCCUAAGGAUUGUGAAUCUGUAAACAAAGACAAGAAGACACCACGAAAAGUAUUUACAGAGAAUCACAAAGAAUUGGGGAAAGAGGCGGAAAAGUCAAUGAAGGAAACAGCAACUUCUUGUACAGUUGUAGGUGCUCUUAUUGUCACCAUAAUGUUUGCUGCAGCAUUCAUAGUUCCUGGUGAAAAUGAUGAAAAGGCAGGUCGUCGUACAUUCUUAACUAAUAGUGUACUCACCACUUUUAUAGUUUCAGAUGCAAUCUCACUCUUUUCUUCAACAACUUCGGUUAUCAUGUUUUUGGGCAUUCUCACGUCACGUUAUUCUGAAGAUGAUUUCUACAAAUCCUUGCCCACAAAAAUGAUAAUAGGCCUUUUCACCCUCUUUUUAUCCAUUGCCACCAUGAUGAUCGUCUUUUCUUCAGGUCUUUACAUUAUGCUUGAGGGGAAAUCAUCGAUUGUUAUUCCAAGCAUUUUGCUUGCCAGUGUUCCAGUUACCUCGUUCAUAUUGAUGCAAUUUCCAUUGUUUGUUGAGUUAUUCAUUAAUACUUUUGGACCUGGAAUAUUUGAUAGGAAGCAGAAAAAUUUGUUUUGAAUUCCUAUGUUAUCUUUAGUUAGGUUUGGAUUUGCUACUUUUUAAGAAACUUGUAAAGAGAAGCCAAUGUGCUUUCUAUUUGACAAUAAUGUAUUCGCUUUCAAUUCUGAAAGAAAAUUCGAGCUUCAAUUUA